AUAACAUUUCAAAAAGUGCGUCUGAUAAUAUUUGGAGCUCAAAACUCGUAAAACAAUGGAACUGUGGAUUUGGUUUUUAUUUUUUAGCAUUUCGUUUGGGUACAAUUUUGGUUUGGUGUGUCUACAAUGUAAGAGCAUUAUCAGCCCAAGAUUGUGUAAGCGAGUGACACAGUGCAGUGAUGGAGAGGUUUGCAUUGUUCAGCGUCAGACCAAUGAGUUUGGAGAGAUCGUGUACGAUCUCGGAUGUUCUCCAAGCACUACAUGUACGAACGUUACAGCUGUAUCUCAAAAUAGCCUGUGUACACAAUGUUGUGACAUUGACCUUUGUAAUCACGUGGCCUGCAAUGCACAAGGUCAUCUGUUACCAGAUAAAUCCGCGUGUUCUGGUACCAAGUGGUUCGAUGCUAUGCAACGUAUCAAUGGACAAUGGGCUGAGUGGUCUUCUUGGGGAUCGUGCUCGCUGACCUGCGGUGACGGCGUGCAAUCCAGACACCGAACAUGUACAAAUCCCUCACCGACAAAUGGCGGAGUCAUGUGCCCAGGAGAAGAAAACGAAUCAAUGGCCUGUGCAAAACAAGCCUGUCCAACUGAUGGCCAAUGGUCUUUAUGGUCGACAUGGACCAACUGCUCUUUGUACCAUGAUGACGGCGUGGUAACCAGAACACGGUCCUGCUCCAAUCCAAGUCCGGUAAAUGGCGGGAACAACUGUGCGGGACUUGACAUUGAAAGAAAAUCAUGUCAAAUGCCACAUCAAAUCGUUUAUGACUGUAGCGAUGUGUUAAAACUGGGCCUGUCGCGUGGUUCGGGUGUGUACAAAAUUACGCCCUGGAAUACGCAUAGGGAAGUUGACGUUUACUGCGAUAUGGAUACCGAGGGUGGUGGAUGGACGGUGUUUCAAAGACGCUGGAAUGGUUCUGUCGACUUCAACAGGAGCUUUGCGGAUUACGAAAGGGGAUUUGGCUCAUUUGAUGGUGAAUUCUGGACAGGUCUGGAUGUUCUCCAUUCAAUGACAAGCCGUGGUAACAUGACGUUACGAGUGGACAUGAGUUUACCAAAUGGAACUACUGGAUUUGACGAGUACGCGGGUUUCUAUAUUUCUCCACUUGACCAGUACAACUUAAACCUUGUAAGGAGGAUCAACUCAAGAGGAAUGUCCGAUUCCUGUAUUCUGUCCGACACGGGUACUAGUUAUGAUAUCAACCACCAGCCGUUUACAACGUACGACAGGGAUGUGGACAACUGGUCUGACAACUGUGCCCAAUACUUUGGAGGAGGCUGGUGGUACAAUGAUUGCACGUGCAAUAACCUUAAUGGAGAGUACACCAGGAGAUGA